CUAACGGGCAAGAUGGGACGGUGCUGCCUCGUGAGCGCACAACGUGCGCGCGCUCUCCACAUCGCACACAUCUCAAUUAAUUCCGCUGCUGCACGAGACAGACAUGCUCUACAGAACGCGCACCAACAGUGAAGAAAACCUCCGAAUAUGCAGGCUGAAAAGCACCAAAUGACAUCAACCACGCGCUGUAAUAGUUAACUCUACUGGAUCUGAAAUUUAAUUUAUGGGCGUACGCUUUCCUGCUCACCGGAGCGAUUCCUUAACAAGUGCAACCAGUUGUCCGUCCGUGUUUGCAGCACUCAGUGGCCGGUGGACGCACGCUGUAAGAUGAGGCUGGGAAACAUAAUUUUAUUCGUCGCUCUUUGCUCUUUUACAGCUUAUUAUGUUUAUGAACCAAUUCCUGAAAAUAUAGAGGAGAGAUGGAAACUCAUGCUGACCAACUCGUUUUUCAGAACGCUCAGCCACCUGGCAGACCUUUGUGAAUCAGUGGGUCUGAAGGACUACAUGGAUGUAAUGUAUGUCAUUACUCUAUUAGAAAAGAUCGUACCUGUGUCUGAUGAGCACGUAAAGGUGACAGAAGAAAAUUUCGAUGGGGUGGAGGUGGUGCUCUACCAGCCAAAGCAACAGGGUGAAGAUGCUGAUCUGAGGAGAGCUGUCAUUUACCUGCACGGGGGAGGAUGGUGUCUGGGGAGUUCCCGAAUGAGUCCAUACGAUCUGCUGGCCAGAAAGAUUGUCACCGAGCUAGAUGCUGUUGUACUCUCUGUAGAGUACCGCCUUGCCCCUGCUCACCACUUCCCUGUCCCAUAUGAGGAUGUGUACCGUGUGGUCAAACAUUUCUUCCAGAAGGGGGUGCUAGCCCAGUACUCUGUGGACCCAGAGCGUGUUGCAGUGUCAGGAGAUAGCGCUGGAGGGAACCUUGCAGCUGCAGUAUCCCAGCAGCUGCAAAAAGAGCCUGGGCAGCAGAUCAAAUUGAGGGCUCAGGCACUCCUUUACCCCGUGCUGCAGGCUUUGGACCUAAAAACACCUUCAUAUCAGCAGAAUCAAGACAUGCCAAUUCUGCCACGCACUCUCAUGGUGCGAUUCUGGAGUGAGUAUUUCACUAGCAAUAAAGCCCUCUUCAGAGCCAUGAUGGCCAAUGCACACAACAGUCCAGAGUCCUCCCGGGUGCUGAAAUUUGUGAACUGGAGCGCUUUUCUCCCAGAAACAUAUCACAAAGAAUACAACUACAGUGCUCCCGCUGUAGCACAGGGACUUGGUGGGGAGGCAAUUGGGAUGGAUGGAUCAUCUCAGUCAUUCACCGACCCAAGGGCAUCCCCUUUGCUUGUCCCGGAUGCAGACUUACAUUCGCUACCCAAGGCCUACAUUCUGACGUGCGAGUAUGAUGUUCUCAGAGAUGAUGGGAUCAUGUACGCCACACGACUCGAGGCAGCUGGUGUUGAGGUGACACACCAGCACUAUGACACAGGAUUUCAUGGAGCACUGAUGUUCACGGUGUGGCCAACUGACUUUCUUAUUGCACGUCGCAUGACAGACAACUACAUUAAAUGGCUCAAGGAAAAUUUGUAAAAUAAGAAAAACUAAAACAAAACUCUACACUGUAUGAGUGGCUAUUCCAGC